GAGCAUCAAUAUGUAUAACGUCCCCAGAAAGCUGCCGGAGUUUUGGCCAAUGGCCUACUCUUUUGUCACCACGCCUACUGCCAUCUUUGUCUUUCUUCUUUUUCCGCUUUUCCUACUAACGAUAAUGGCCGAUCACUCCCAAAUAUUUUAACCAAAAAGUUUUCCUCGAUAUUCAAAAUUCUUAAAAUGUCCUUAACAUAAGUUUCAAAAAAGCAAAAGCAGUUUCUUCUUCUUAUAAUUCCCAUACUACCCCUUCAUUCUUCUUUCUUGACUUCACACUGAACUAAGGAGUACUAUUUUCUCUUCAGAGUUCUCCACAUUUCUCAUGGAAAAUCUCUCACAUUCAUUUGCUAAAAAGAGUUACCACCAUGGAAGCGGGUUCAUAACAACGGCAAGCAAGUCAUUGUACGACGACGUUUUUGGUGGUCCGCCGAAGUUCGGGGUACCAACACUAGCUCCUCGUUACGAGGAUUAUACUGAGAUUUUCGGAGGUUUUCACUCUUCUCGUGCUUCCUCUAUUCCCAUUUUGGAUCUUCCGGUUGUUGAGGACGAGGGUGAUCAGGUUUCAUUCGAUGUACAUAGUUCUCAUUUUGACUAUUCUGAGAUUUUCGGAGGGUUUAGUGUUGUUGAUUUUGCCCUCUCUUAUGAGGAUUUGGUUCGUCAGUCUACCUCUGGUUAUGAUUCUUCUGAAGAGGCCUGGAGUCCAGCUCAAAGUGAGAACCUGUCAGAUGAAUCAGAUCCUUCUGCUUUUUCUGAAAGGAGUCAGAGCUCUUCUAGUGCUGAUGUUCCUCAUUCAUCCGAUGGCACCAAGCAGUUCAACAUUUCAUAUCACAAGACUUUCCAGAGGAGCGAUGGCGUUGUAUCAAAUGGCAUGACGCAUGUAGCACAUUUACAUGCUAUUCCCGGAUAUACUUACAUGGUCAGUGGAAAUCAGGCUUCUCGAAGUCAAGAAGACACCGAGCCACAACCUAGACAGGAAACUCUUGAUCUCAAGCACAAUGUGGACUUGAGUGGAUCGGUUUUAGAAGAGAAGCGAUUCAAAAGAAGCACGUCACGAAAUAUGAGCAGCAGUUAUAUCAUUCAUGGAAAUGAUUCAAAACUUCCGGAGACAUGUAGUGAAGCUAGUUGUACUCCAGAUAAGCCAUUCUUAACUGUGUCGGAUAUCAGUUUAAGAACUAGGCCUUCAGGGUUGCCACCACCAUCAAGACCACCACCUGGCCUGGCUGCCAAGAAAGGAAAUUCCAAUAGACUGAAUUCAAGACCCAAAGCUUCAAAAAGUUGUGCUUUUGAGCAAAAGCAAGGUGAUAAUCCACAAUCUUACUUUGAUGUGGACAUAUAUGCAAGUUCAUCAGCAGUGGCGUCUACUGCAGCUAUAAAAGAUGCAAUGGAGAAGGCUCAAGCAAAGCUUAGAAGUGCAAAAGAGCUAAUGGAGAGAAAGAAGCAAGAUCUAAAAUGUUACUCAAAACUCCAUUUGGAGAAUGGUAUUUUGGAAGAAAGACCAAGCAAGACAUUUGACAAAGAUGACAUGGCACAAAACAUGCGUGUUGAAGAAAUGGACGAAGUCUUUAAGAAUACCAAGGUAAUUUCAGUUAAUACUGAAGAAGAAAAACAUUUCAAGUUUACUGGAAAAAGUGAAGAAAGUGAGCAGGGUAAUCCUAAUAUGUCAUCUCAACCACCAUAUAAAGCUGAAGGUAGAGUUGCAUGGAGGGAAGGUGCAGAAUUUUUUGAAGUAGUUGAAACUUACCCAUCUUCUAGGUCUUCUGAGAAAGUCAAGAAUGAAUUUGGUUUGCUGAGAAAUAUUGAAUCACAUGAAUACAGACAUUUUGAAGCAACCAUUGACAGACUUGACCAUCCAGAAACUUGCAACAGUGUUGCAGCAAAGGAGGCUCUGGAUAGCGAAGAGGGAAGUGAAGAAAAGGUAGGUAAAGGGUCUUACCAAAGGGGUAUUACGCAUCAAAGAUCAAAAGAAGAUUUGGGUGGUCAAUUGGAGCAUAAGGAGACAGUAAAAGCAGCAGAAAGCUUAUCUGACGUUAGUACGAGUGAGAAACAUGUUAAAGUGGACCAGCAAGCGGGAACGAGUAAGACGCUAAUCAGCACUUCUCAUGAAAGCGUAGAGGACAACAGACGAGGUGGCCAGAAUGUGAGUGGUGGCAGUAGAAGAUUAGAUGAUCAAAAGGGAUUUAUAAACAUUGAUGAUAUAAAGCUGAUGGUAGAGUCUGAGAUUGAAGAAUCUGAGGGAGGGCUUAGUGAUGAUGAGGAUGAAACAGGAAAUGGACAGAGAGUAAAGGAUAUAGUCCAGCAGGAAAGGAAGAAGCAACGUGAUGCAGUUUCUGAAAGAGAUGAAGGCGCUCUUCACCAGGAGGAGAAUGCAACGAGCCCAAAGGAGGAUUUUAGAUCAGAAAAGAAUGAUGAGAAUUCGGAGUUGGCUUGUAAACAAGAGAAGAAUGAGAGAGACAAAGAGACCGAUUUCAAGUGGGACCCAAAGGAUCAGGAUGCAAAAGGUUCUUUUGACUGGGUGCAAGAGGAGAGCCAGUUUAGAGUGGCUCUCGAGAAGAAAGAGCAUGAAGGGGAACAAAAUGAGCCUCAUGAAGGAGAAGAAACUGAGAGAAGAGGGGAUGGCGCAUGUGAAGGAGAAGAUGGUGAUGUGGAUAUGACCGAGGUAUUGGAGCAGCAAAAGAGUAGGACGAAAUCCCCUAUGGGUUCCAAAGUAGAAUUUGAGAACAUAUCUGAAGAGUCCAGUGAGUUUGACGGAACUGAACAAGCAACUGCAUGUGAUAAUAAGUGGGAAGAAUUGCGUGAACAGACCGAAGAUAGCGCACCUAUUGAGAUGGUUGGAUCUGUAUUGAAGAACAACAAUGUGGAAGUUCACAUGGAUGCUAUGGCAUUUCAUUGGGCCCGCCAACAAAAUGAUGAGACUUUACGUGUGAACAAAAUGUCUAAGAAGCUGGAGGAGAACAUUGGAAAGCUGGAAGCAACUCAAUCAGCUCAUUCCCGCGAAGUAGAUGAGAAAUUGGAAACUGAGUUGCAAAAUUGUGACAGAGAAUCAGAAAUUGGAGAGACCAAUCUGCUGCCUAAAGAUGGAUGCGACUCUGUUUGCAAGAGAGAAGAUGUCUUGGGACAUGUAAAAGACCAAACCAGAAGAGCAGAUGCAAUAGGGUCUACUUCUUCGAAUGUGCCAUUGACCAAUUCAAGUGAAGCUGGUAUUUGCAUAGGUAAGGCGUCUGAUAGAAUGAAGAAGACAGCACCUGAAACGGCAGAUCAUUCUGAUCAAACAAAUGUUACACCUCCUGAAUGUCUGACAGCGAACAUCAAUGGAGUUCAGUCUGGCACUAGCCAGGAAAUUACAGAGGAAAAGUUUACAGCUAAUCACCCUGACCAUAGGAACGGAACAUAUUCUGAGGGGGCAAGAAUGAACUCCAAGGUUGUUCUGUCUGGCACUAACCAGGGAGUUACGGAAGAAAAGUUUACAGCUCAUCAGUUUGCCAGGGAAUGGGCCACAAACGCAAAGAAAAUUGGAGAUGCUUUGGCUGCUGUGCUAGAGGAUGUUGAAGUGUUGUCAAGUACAGACCAGAGAACAGCAACUGGAGGUCCCCACAAGAAAGAGAGAGAUUCAAAUAAGAUCAUUACUCCUGAAGCACAAAAAAUGGACGAAAGACUGACAAAAGAAAGAGAAUUGGAGGAAGAAUAUGUGAGAAAGUUAGAAGAAGAGAGGGAGAGAGAAAGAGAAAGAGAGAAGGAUCGUAUGUCUGUGACUCGUGAAGCUCUGGAAAGGUCAUAUCUUGAAGCCCGUGAGAGAGUAGAAAGAGCUUCCAUGGAGAGAGCUACAACUGAAAUACGACAAAGAACUAUGACAGAAGCCCGAGAAAGAUUAGAGAAGGCAUCUGCAGAGGCUAGGGAAAGAUCUCUAGCAGAGCAGACAUCUGUAGAGGCUAGGCUCAGGGCGGAGCGUGCUGCAGUAGAAAGAGCAACUGCAGAGGCUCGGCAACGAGCUUUCGAGAAAGCAAUGGCUGAGAAGGCUAUCCAGGAGUCACGUGAAAGAGUGGAAAGAUCAUCUUCAGAAAAAUUUUCUGCUUAUUCUAGGACCAACGAAAUGAGACAGAGCUCUUCUUCUGAACAACAUGCGCAUCAUAGCACAGAAACCUCAAAAUUGAGAUAUUCAUACUCUUCAGCUCAUGCUGGCAUUGAAGGUGAAUCACCUCAACGAUGUAAAGCUCGGUUGGAGAGGUACCGCAGAACAUCUGAGCGUGCGGCUAAGGCCUUAGCAGAGAAAAAUAUGCGUGAUCUUCUAGCUCAGAGGGAGCAAGCGGAGAGAAAUAGAUUGUCUGAAACUCUGGAUGCUGAAGUGAAAAGGUGGUCAAGCGGGAAAGAAGGCAAUCUACGUGCAUUGCUUUCAACUUUACAAUAUAUUCUUGGGCCUAAUAGCGGUUGGCAGCCAAUUCCAUUAACAGAAGUUAUAACUUCGGUAGCGGUGAAGAAAGCUUAUAGGAAAGCUACUCUUUGUGUGCAUCCUGACAAAUUACAACAGCGAGGUGCUAGUAUUCAGCAGAAGUAUGUAUGCGAGAAGGUCUUUGAUCUUUUAAAGGAAGCAUGGAACAGGUUCAACUCUGAGGAGAGGUAGUGGAGGACUUGGUUGCUCGGCUGAACAUAUAAUUUGCACAGUAGUGAGUAGAUUCUCUUUCUUAUUAUUUUUUUAGUUUCUGCAUGUAAGCGCAAGCUUUAGAAAUCGGCCCUGAAAGAAAAUGGGCUAACGUGGCUAUUCAUUGAAAUGGAACUUUCUGUUAAAAGGCUGUGUUAUUGUGCUACUAUGUUAUUGUUCUUAUAAUAAUAAUAAUAAAUUAUUAUUAUUA